AUGAGCAACGAGAUAAUAUUGAAGACGUUAACCGCCGGCAGCAACAUUCCAUUCGUCGACGAGGAUGGUGUGCCGCCGGCCGUUGAUCAUCACCGAGCACGGUCGAGCGUCACGCGGAGAGAGUUAACCAAGGAGACGGUCGUUCCGAGCGUGAGCUCGAGAUACGGGCAAGGUUUCACGACCUUCCGUUCGAUGGCUCAGACGAAAAUAAGUCAGGAAGUCGAGCAUCGCGAAGGAACGGUCUCGAUGUUGCAGAGGGGAGCGAUGUUCAAUCAGAAGGACUCGGUUCAGCUUCGGUACACGAAGCAAUCGGCAGCUUUAAAGAGAAACAGAUGCGAAACUCUCGAAGCUGGACCGCAAGAGAAUCCUCUGCAACGUUACGAGAAUGCCGUGUUGAAGUACCAAAAGCCGAAAGCACGACCCAAAAGGCAAGCGAGUCGUGAUCGUCGGCAACCGCAGCAACAGCAGAAUCACGGUUACUCGAGCAGCGACGAGAGCGUGGUCAGGAACAAGUCGAAGAGCAUCAGCUCGAUCGACACACAGUCGGUGAACAACAUUUUGGACGAGUACGAGGAUCUCGACUACAGACGGUCGUCGGACUUGAGCGACGUCGGGAGCAUCAGCGUGUCGAACUUCGAGGCUGUAAUGAUUGACCAGCAGAAGAAACAGCAACAGGACAGAUCGAGAGUCUUGGGGACGAGGAUGCAGACCAAGUGUUCUCCGAUCCGGGAGAAAGCCCAGCAGCCGGUACUGAAAAUUAACCAACAGACGCAGGUGAGACAACGAUCCCGGGAGAGGCAAAAGGAGACGGUCGUUAAGCACGUUCCACCGUCUCCGACGGAGGAUAAUUCGCUUUCUUGUGUAUCGUCGGUCGCUUUGACCAUCGAUGCCAGUCGGAACAAAGUUCCGGAGGUGUUGCUUCGCAAAGGGGAAGUCCAGAAGAGGGUGGACGAGUGGCUGAGCCAGGCUCAAAGCCAGAAUUUCCCGGCGUCCCGGGAAAAACUGUUGACCAGAUCGAACAGCAGCGCCGAACAGAAAACACAGCGACGGUACCGGCAGGAUUCGCGUUCCAGAUCGAUCGACGAGGGCAGGGACAAGUUGAACGGAACUUCGUCGAGUUACGACGAUCUGAGUCGCGCGGACAAAAAGACGGACCGUAAGGUGGACAAGGUGAACGUCGGCGUGAACACCAGCCGAGGCACGUACAAGGAAUACCUGGCGUUGAAGAACCGAAGCAAGCAACAGGAUUACGGGUUCAGCGCGUCGAACAACAUGGUUGGUAGAACGAGAGACAUCAGUCCGUCCACCGGUUCCAGGAUUCCCCAAAGAGGACCGCUCAGCUCGAGCUUCAGAUCCAGACGAUUGGAGUCGAGCAACGAGGAGGGUAAAGCGGACGGCAUCGCGGAGACAGGAGGGCAACACUACCAAGCGGAGAAGAACUGUCGCGGCAGAUCGACGACCGAGAGCAGGCUCGCGAAUUCAGCAAAGACCAGAAACGAGUCCGAUCACGGCAGGAUAUCUGGGCUAAGCGGUGUGGCUACCGCCGUUACCGGUAGCCCGACAACACCGACGACUACGAACUCGUCGUCUUCGUCGUCGGUGAUCCCCUGCAGGCGACCAUCGUUCAAACGAUCGCAGAAUCACGAUCAAAGCGCGAGCAGUGGCGGCAGCGCGACGAGACCGCUCGUUAAGGAAGAGACAGGCCAGAGGGCGAGAGGAGGAGCAGGAGGAGGCUGUGGAGGGAGCAACAGCAGCGGCUCGAAGGGCCCGAGCAACCUUGGUGACCAAGGCGAGCCGAUCUCACCAAAUAAGGACGGAGAAAGUAGGCGGCCGACUCUCACGAGCGAUUCACCACGAGCCGGUGAUAAAGCAACGGAUGCCGCCUGUAAAUCGAUGGAAGCCUCGAGGAGCGGCGAUCGACCCACACGAGACAACGCAAGUAUUACCGUAGGGGAAUCGGUCGAGUCCAGGUACGCCGGUCGGCAGGACAAGAGAGAGAACCGAAUGGAUCGGCCGAGGCAGGAGAGUGUUUACGGUGCCGUUGGCGCGCGUGUCCGGACCCUCCAAGGUCAACAACAACAGGAGCCCCGCGUCACGAAACCAAGAAGUCUUCAGGGGUGGUCCAACUUGCCGGCAGAGGCUAGAAAGCCUCCGGUUCUGCCCAGGCGGGAUCCGAUUGCCUGUUCGCAGGACAUCAAAAACGAACGCCCGGGAGGCUCGCCCAUGGGUUCGCCGCAGUCCACCUUCAAACCGAAUAAUUCCGUGUACGCCGCCCUUCAGCAGCUCAACGAGCAAAACUCCGCGAAAUCGAGAGCGUCGACUGUGAACGAUUCAUCGAGCAGAUCGUCGCAUUAUUCCUCGCCGAAUCACGUGGAGAAGAUAUACGAGCGCAGUCUGCAGCCUCAAGUGAUCCACGCGGAUGACCUCGAAUCGCUUCUACGACCUUCUUUACAGGUUUCCGCUUACGGCGAGCCAGGCAACGAACGAUCCGAUCUCAGGUCACCGUCGAAAGAAACGGUCGUUCAGCUACUCGAACGGAACGCCGAGACCGAGCGGAAAGACCAAGAAGAAGAAGAAGAAGUGUACGAACGAAUCGGCGAGCUACGGUACGAACACCUGGAGACCAUCGAAGAGGACGAUCAGAAGAGCGAGGCGUCCCUGUGCAGAUACCCAGAGAUCGGAUUGAGUCAGUGCCUGAAAAUCCAGCAGCAAGCGUUGCCGAACGGUAGGCUCAGACUCAGUCCGGAGAAGAGGAAAGAUUCCAACACCGGGACGGUGUCCGUGAGGCGGGAUCAAUCGAACGAACCAUCCGCCAGAACGUUCGUCACGUUUCACUCGCCCUCGGACUCCCCUCGGUGCGUGAAACCGAGCCAGCAAUCACGAACCGCCGGGACAGGUUCGUUAGGGGGCAACGAACAGGAUGAAAAACGCGACGUCCCGGAGCAACAGCCGGUCAUGAUCCUCGAGGAGUUCGAGAUCCCAUACGAUUCCGAGAAUCCCCACGACAGAAGUCAAUCCUGUCACACGCGAGAGAACAGCAAUCUGUCGUCGGCCACGAUCCCUUUGGACGAGCUGGAGAGUGAAAGGGAAAUGGCAAAGUUCAAGGUCGAAGAGCUUUCCGCCCGUCUGACGGCUGUGCCCGAUCAGACUCUCGAGGCCGGAUAUCAGGACCAGGGAACGUUGCUUCUCGGAAAGACGGAUAAAACGAUCGAGAAAGAUCGUACGAACUCGCGUGAGAUCGACGAUCGCGUGGUGAACGAGGUGUUGGUGAAGAAUCUUCAGUUCAAGCAGGAUCUACCAGCUAAAGAUCACGCUGAGCAACACGUUACCGGUAACACGUUGAAGAUCAUCGAGCAUGUCGGUCACCAGAAGCCGCCGAUCGGCUUUCACAAUGUUCUGUGCGACAAUUACGAGAACCUGCAGAACGGGAGGUUUAAAGAGAACAAGGUAUACGUGACAAAGGAAGAAAUGGAACGACAGAGGCUGAUGGAUAUGCUGAGGAAAGGGGACUACGAAUCCGUGAAAGCGGAAUUGGAGAGAAGUUACACCCUCUCGACACCGGGUGGUAGCAGCCCCGUUUGUUGCCCGCCCUGCAGCCCGCCACCAGCCCCAGCCGCGUACAUAUCGAGCGCGCGUGCCUCGUCGCGGAGACUCGGCGCCGGAAGUGGACACGGAGGCCCGCCGUCCCCGGAACGGGAUCCCCUGGGAAGACUCUUAAGAUUCCUGAAGACCUUCUACAGGGAGUUGGGCACACGUGAUCCACCCCAUUUGCCGGGAUGGGCGUCACCGCUUCCACUCGGCACCCUUUGCCCGGCACACUUUCAGCCGCACCUGCAGCUGCUCCACAAAGGCGAACAGGAGCACAGGCUCGAGAACAUCAAGCCCGACCAGAUCUUCGCCCCCGUCAGGCUAAGCGAUGGCACAGUUUCCGAAGCCCCGAGGCGCGUGGCGAUCGAGGGCGGUCCAGGAAGCGGAAGAACGACCCUGUGCCUCCGACUUCUCCACCAGUGGGCGAUCCAAGGGGACGGUCCGGCUCUGGCUUUCAUCGUACCGUUGCGAGAGCUUCGGGGCAGUCCCGUGUUGAAUUAUCUGAUGCGUGAACUGUUCCCGAGAUCGGCGGGCAUCGGGGACGCGGUAGCUCAGGUCUGGCGGACGUUGCACUUGAUGGAGGACCGGGUACAGUUCAUUCUGGACGGUUACGACGAGUGUGUGGGCGGCAGAGCGUCCCUGGGCGACGCGGUCGACCUUCUCGAGGGUCGAUUGUUCCCGGACGCGAGGAUUCUGGUCACUUGUUCGCCUAGCAACGCGGUCGCACUGUCCCCGCUGGUGCAGAGGAGGAUUCAUCUGGCGGGCCUCGAGUGGCCGCACGUCGAGAGACUCUGCGUAGCGUAUUUCAUCCACAACGACAUCGCCGAGAAAGCUUGCGAGUUCCUCGAGGCGUUGAACGUUCAGCCGCAGACGGUCAAGCAGCUCGGUCAGCAUCCGCUCGGCUGGAUUAUGCUGUGUUGUCUUUACCAGGACUCCGGCAGUUUGCCGACAGAGACCAGCGCGUUGGUUCAAGCCGCGGUGAAGUGCAUCGUAAAACGGAGCUUGGACCCGCCGGUUCCCUGUAACGAGGAGAUUCCGGGUCACUGUAGAAAACGUCUCGAGGAUUUCGGAAAGUUGUCUUUAGCCGCGCUCAGGGACGGCAGAUGCUGCUACACGGAGGCGGAACUCAGGGCUCGGGGCGGUGGCAUCGAGGUCACCAGGCUGGGCUUCUUAACCAAGGGAUUGACCUUCGGUCAACGACGUAAACCGGACCUUUACACGCCGAUCCAUAUGGCCGUGGCCGAGUUCCUAGCAGCCUACUAUCUCACCUCUGUCGCCCAGUACGCGAACAUUCUUCGUAGAGAGCUCGAGGGCUUGCCAUCCGGUAUCAUCAGCCAUCUGGCUGGUCUCCUAGGCCCUAAAACGCAUCUGAUAUUGAAUCAACUUUGCCCCCUGGAGGUUCCGCCCAGGGCCGUGUUCUCGUUGCUGAAGGCAGCCGGCGCCUCCGAUGGAAAUAUCUCAGCCGUCUGCAGACUGGUCGGUGCUGGUCCAGGUUUCGGACCGGCGCCGAACGAACGACCACCAGCACCCUUGGUGCACACCUCGCCCUUGGAGCUCGAGGGCUGGGCGAGGAUCCUCGAGAGUCCAGCGUGCACCCUCGAAGCCCUCGAAGUCGUGUUUCAAGUGGAGAGGGGCUCGGAUCCGAGGUAUCUGGACGAUUUCUUCGAGGCUUUAGCUGGGAACGAGAGCGUCAAGCUUGUCAGGAUCACGUCCCUUCUCGGCCAGGAAUUCCCCGCUGACGAGGCUCAACGGCUGGCCGGACAUUUGAAAAGCGUUCUGGGGAAGAAGAAGCUUAAUGACUUCGAGCUGGUCAUCACUUGCUUGGAGGAAGCGGCUCACGACAGGUUGGAGUGCGUGGUGAACGCCCUUUGCCGCGGACUGAACCACGCGUCGAGCAGCCUGGCCCGGCUGGUGCUCGACAUGAAUUUGUCCGGCGAGCAAGUGUCACGUGUCUGCGACGCUCUAGGACUGGCGUCCGUCGCCGAGCUGCUAAAGGAGAGGCCGUUGCUGGCGCUGAAUCUGGCCGGCAGCUGGGGCGCCAAAAACGAGGAUCCCUCAAGCUCUGGAAUCAGUAUGGGUUCGGGCUCCGGUUCCGGAAGCAGCGGCUGUGCUUCCAGCACCCUUGGCACGUUACCCCUUAAUCGUUGCUACUCGUCCCUGCCGCGCGGAGCGCUGGCAGCUUACGGAAGUUUAACGAGGCCCGCAACCCUACCGCGGCUUCCACUCGGUCUUGGCCUUGGUCCCGCGCCCGCCACCGGAAACGGACCUUUGCCGCCGAACGACAGGGAUCGGGACAGCAACGGGAGCAGCAAGAGGAACAGCGACAGCGUGCUGUGUCAUCGUUUGCCGCUGUUGCACCCGUUGCCCACUUGCGACGUCAGCAGCCAUCAAGGAACCGGCUUCCACGAGAUCUUCAACGCCAUCAGAGAACCGAAUUGCAAGCUGAGGUCCCUAAAUGUGUCCAAGUGCUUGCUCGGAGGAUUGGACGCUGGCUGCCUGGGCGAGACCAUCCGAAGGGCGCGUAAUUUGGACGCUUUAAGGGCUGCUGGUGCGUCCAGACCGGCGGACGUGAUGCCGUUGGUGCUGGCAUUGACGGAGGCACCCUGUCUGCAACUUCUUGAUCUCGCCAGUCCACGGCUCGCCCUAGACGAUCAUCCGUCCCGGCUGUUGUGUCACGCCCUCGCCAGGAACACCACCCUGAAGCUGCUCAGUCUCGAGGGAUGGACCUUUAGAAUAGAGGAAUCGGACAGCUUGGCGGUAUUCUCCGAGCUGCUCAAAUACACGAGCGUCCGCGAGCUCAGUCUCUGCAACGCCCGUCUUCAUCUGGCCGUCCACGAGGGUCCUUUGGCGAGAUUAGGUCGUCGCGACGACGCCGGAGCAGAACUCCUGAGAGCCGCGCCGCCUCCUGCCUGUCCCGCGAUCGUGUUCCUCAGACUGGCUGGUUUUCAAGUGACAGUGAACGAUCGUCUGGCGCUCAGAGGGCCCCUUCUACUGCCGUUCCUCGCUGGUUUCACCGCGCUGAGCGAACUCGACCUCUCCUUGGACAAGUCGACCAUCGGUGGCAGCAGCGGGUCCCUGUUGUUCAUCGAUGACAAGAUCCUGCAACAGUUCUUCGGCUGUCUGUCCUCUCAUUUCAGGAAUCUUCAGUCCCUGAGAAUCAAUUUCUGGCGGAUCACUCUGGAGGACAGCGAGAAAACGAUGAGACAAAUAGCCAAGUACCUGAAGCUGUGCAAUCUGAGCUUCCUGAAGGCGAACGGCCUGAUCGUGACGGACAGCGCGAAAAAGGUGCAGACGGAGCACGUUUUCGUGCAGACGAUACUCACGCAUCUGCAGUAUCUCACCUGGCUGUGUCUGGACGGUGUCGAGCUGACCGACACCCAGGCCGCUGGUAUAGGGAAAUGCGUGAGGGAUCGGUAUCCAGGCACGUCGUUGGAGAUCAGCGCCAAGGACGUGCACGUCAAGUCGGUGAAAGCUCUGGUCACCGCGGUAGAGGACGGCGGCAGGGCGGAGGUUGUGUACACCGGCGGAUCGAACUGUAGACUGAAGAUCACAAAGAUUCAGAAGAACGGAAAGGCCAAGAAGAAGUGAAAAUCGGAUCCACGAGACAUAAAUGAUUCUUAGUUGUCUGCUCACGAGGACUCGUUGACCGAAGGAACGAUAUAACGCUGAAACGACGGAGAGAUUGAUCUUGAAUAAGACGAAGACGAUGGGCAUCAGAUGAGGGUAUAUAGAGAUCGGGGAAAAUUCA